GGCCCCUUCGGGCCAAUGGCAGCGGCGCUUCUUUCGGAGGUGCCGCGGCGCUGUCCGCCAAUGGGGCGAGCGGUUGUUGCCACCCUCCUUCCCUGUCCCGCGUGUCCCGCCGUGCAAGAUGGCGGCAGCGGUGAGGGGCGCGGAGGAGCUGGAGCUGCUGGAGCGGCUGCUGGGGCUGCCGGGCGGGAACAAGUUCCUGUUCUCCAAACCAACAAUGGCCCUGGGCUGACGGGGUUGAUGACCAUCGCUGCCCACCUGGUCAGGCAGGCUAGGAAAGACCAACUGCUGGGAAGCACUGCUGAGGAGAAGGCUGUGGUGCAGCAGUGGCUGGAGUACAGAGUGACCCGAGUAAAUGGAGGCUCCAGUAAGGAAGAUACUAGGACAAUUCUGAAGGAUCUUAACAUGCACCUUGAAGAUAAAGUCUACCUUGCAGGAAACAUUUUUACCUUAGCAGACAUUUUGAUGUACUAUGGAUUGCAUCAUAUCAUGGAUUGAGGACUCUUGCCUGUUCGAGUCUGAAACACGACUGAACUACAGAACUACAGUCACAGAAGUACAUGGGGAAAUAGAUAAAUGAUGUGUCAGAACUGAAAGUACUGACUUCUUUAGCAUUAGAGAAAUACAAAUGCAUGUAAAUUAAGCUCCUUAAUGCAUGUAAAAAAGUUUGAGCCAUAACAAAUUGUCAUUUGUGUUUCAAGUGAUAAGACUUGAUAAGGUACAUAAUAUGAAAAUAACAUGGGGAGCUGGUGCUUAGGAGGAAAAGGAAAAAAAAAAAACCACCCCAAAAAUAAACUUGUUCUGAGUGGGGAGGAUGUUGAGAUUAUUUCUAGUCUGCUCAGGCUACUAUGAAGUGCUUAAAAAUUGGUGCAGCUUCAGUUCUGAUCCCCAAGUGUUAAUUUAAAGAUAAAGCAGUAGAAGCUAUUUGCAUUUCUGUGGCUGGAAUGUGUUUGUAAAUGAGCCAUUGUCAUUCUCUAGAGUGGGAAGAAGCCAAAGGACUCAUACGAAAAGGUCUACUAAAUUUUCAGGAAAAGAUAAAAUCAUUCAGUUUUGUAUUAGAAAAUUGAUGGAGGGAGUGAGGAUAAUUAGAAGAAGAUGCCUCUGACAAAUACAAGUGUGUCUGAGAAUUGAAUUCAAUCAACUGGGUGGAUGGUUACUUUUAUACAAUUAAAAGCAGAGCUCUGGGAGAAGUGUAGAAGAAUGCUACAUUUCAAAAUGGAAGCAGAGGGGAGGGGCAAUCAAGUAGUGAAAUUCUACCAGAAAUGAAAGAGAUCUUAUGUAUCUGUAUCUUGACUGUCCAGGAGUAAAAGUUCAAAUGAGUGUCAAGCAGGAGAGAGGGAAGCUUCAUUUCAGGUUUUUGAAAGCAUGGUAGAGUAAGUCACGUAGAAUUAAUUCUAUUAAAUCAUAUUUACGUUGUAGAAUAUCUUUAGCAGUAGGAUAGAUGUGUUGAUUACAGUGUCAGAAUGGGUUACCUUUCACAUGUGAUAUGCAGACAUAAAAAAGACUGUAAGUAUUUUCUAAAAAUAUGAUUGUAUAUUCUGUAAGAGUACAAGUUCAAAUGAGACUUUUUUUUUAAAAAAAAAACAAAAACUUGGCAGGGGAAAAUCCAAGCAUAUUUUAAAUUUAGAGUUUGCUCUAGAGUAGACCACCUAAUCAAGAUGAAAAGAUACAAGUUAUUGCUUUGGGAAAUAGAACAGAUGGUAAAAACAAUUGACUUGGUGCUCCUGGGUGCCUGCAACCAUCCAGACACUACUCAGGACAAGUUUAUAGUAUAGCAUCUGUUUCUGAAAUGUUUGAUUUCAUCAAAGGUAAUUUUCUGAAUCAAAAGGGUAUAAAGGGCAGCAGGAUGACUAUUCUAAAUAAAUAUGAAAAUAUAGAAGCUACUAAGUAAUUCCUACUUAAAUUCCUACUGUAUUUUGAAGGUUUCAGAAUUGAUAGGCAUAUAGAGGCAAGAUCUUGAACUGUAGAAGCUUCUGAUUUUAUUUUUUUAAUGUUUUUAAUUAUUUUUAUUUUUCUUGUAAUUGGAAGAAAGUAUGUCCAGAGCUGCUGCUCUGCCCUAAGCUUUAUGGAGGAGGCAGGGAAAGCUGCUGUAUCUCCUCAUGUGAUGUGGUUCAGAGGAGCAGUUUGUCAUAUCCACCACUGCUUCAGCUAAGCCUUGUGCAAAAUAUCAGUAUGUGUUUCCUAUGAUGCUUUAAGGAAGGAGGUAGAAAUGGGAGGCACAGGGCAAACCCACAGAUCUUGCUGUCCAUCAAGUUGUCUAGAAAACUGAUCUGAAAACAUUACUGAUAGUACCUUAAAGGUUAAUCUCUGAUUUUGAUAGACUGUAAACUACAUGCUAACACAGACAUUAGUGAUGGGAUACUGUAAAUAUUACUGACAUACCAUGAUCAUCCUGAAUAAGCCAAGUAGUAAAACUUCAAAACCUUUUUGAUGCACAUUUCUUUGGAAAAGUUUUUAAGACCAACCACUUACAUAGCUCAGUUCUUCACCUGUGGUAUCUUGUGGUAUUUUUCUAAGUAUAGAUCAUGCAUCUUUGUAUUCAUUCCACCCUUCCCACCUUCAUUUUGCCCUUCCCAUUAUCCAGGAGGAGUUCUGGAGUCUGGUUCUUCACUGUCCAGGCUCAUCCAUUUGAACUGACAGUUUGUUUACUGAAUAGCAGCAACUCUUAAUUCUGUGGUUGUGUGCCUGCCUCUCAUUCUUCCUGUCCCUUCUAGUUAUCUUAAUAAACACAAGAGUGCAAUGUGUUUAAAAAUCCAUAGUGUGGGAAAAGAAUUAUUAUUUCAAUCAGUGAGUCAGAUUCACAGGUAGUGUUUCAGGGCUUUUGCAGACUGAAUGUGUUUUGGGUCUUCUAAUUAGAAAUACACAUUCAUAGUAAUAAGGCAGGAACUAUGUAGUACAUGCUGUUCUGCACCAUAAUAUAGGUCACAAAUUCCCAAAUAGUGUAAUGCUUGAUACUGCCUUUCCAAUCAAUGCGAUCUACAUUGUCAUAUAUAAUUGAUGUUUCUGUGCAUGUAACAUUAAUAUUGUUGUCUUAUAGACACCUCGAUUCCAGAAAUACAUAUGUGGAUAAAUAUGAACAGUAAAGUUCUACUAGGUUAAAGCAUAAAUUGCAAGGAAAACAUAAAUUUUAGAAGUUUUUGCUUGAGGUUAGCUUAAGCAAUCAGUAAGAAUUAAAUUCCCCCUGUAGUAAUGAACUUGUUUUCUAAUACGGGGGAUUUUUUAAAUUAUUUUUUUAAACGUUUCCAGAUGUCUUCAUUCUUAAAUAUUUUUGACCAGCACAAGUCCAGCUUUAUCUCAAGAGAAAUAAUCAGUAUUAUGAUUGAUCUGCUUUUAUUCUCCAAAAAUGUUGUCAGAACUAAGGAACUGGUCUAAACUCUAUAUGUCUGACUUGAAAAUUUCUUUAAUAAGGUCUGGAAGAUUACUUAUGGGUGAAGUUUAUAUCUGCAAAUGGAAGACGCCUCAGUCAAAAUUUUGGUGUCAAACUGAAUAUGAUCAAGUACAAAACAAACUAAGUUGUUGUCCUUGAGUCAGAACUACUAUUGAACUGUAGUAAGGCUACAAUAGUAGUUUAUUUUAGAGUUAUUUUUUCCAUAUGGAACAUUUCCUGUAAUAAACAGAUUGCCAUGGCUUUUUGGUGAUAUUCACUGUUAUGUUGCUUAUUUUCUUACUGAGGUAACAGUAAAAAUGGUUUUUAAACUGAAUUGCAAAAGAAGCACCUUUAACUUAAAGAUAAGAUAUAACUUUAAGCUUAUUCCUUUAACAGCAGAAAAUUAGACAAAGCUAUGUGAAAGUACAUGUAUGUUACGAAAUACACCAUCCAGCUUGUGGGUUUUUCUCUUUUCUCCCAUAUCUAAAGGCUAAGUUUAAAAAGUCAGAUAGUAUCUGUCCUUCUCUUGAUGCUGAAGAGGUUCAUAUCUAGGCAGGUAUUUUUAGAUUUUCUGUGACCUGCAGAGUGUGGGAGUGGGGCUUUAUGCCUGCAUCCCCAGUGCUACAGAAAGAAAAUAUAAUUAAAGCUUGUGUAUUUUUAGCCCUUUCAGAAACUUAGAAUUGCAUUGUAUGAUAACCACCUUGGUGCCCCUCAAUGAGCUUUGUGGUGGAAGAAAAAGACUUUUUUUCAUGACAUGAAAAAAAAAAGUCUGUCAAAUUAAGUGUCUGCUUCUUUGCUAUUAAAAUAAUUGCUUUAAUAGCAAAUAAUUAUUUUAACAGCAGAACAGCAGCCUUUCUUAACUUGGGGGAAUUAUCUAAUUUAAUGAGGAAGAACAGAAAAUACCCAUCUAACAAAAUGUUGUAAAAAAUGCCAUGGAAGUGAUCUCUAAACAAUUAACCUAAGAGUUAUGUUCCGAGUAAAAAGUAGAGCAUGCCACAAAGUGCUUUUUAAUAUAUUUCACUGAUAGAGUACAUUAUGUAAAUAAGUAAAAAUAUCUUGCUUGUUGUGUCUAGAGUACAGAAAGGGGUCUUAUUAUUAGCAUGGCUGUCUGUUUUGCCCUUCAGAUGUUUUUUCACUACACUAACAGAAUGAAAGAGGACUAGUGUUCAAGACUUCUGUUUUUUUAUUUACAUUGGAGAAAUGUGAAGCUCAAGAAUUAUCAGUAAAAGAUUAUGGGAAGGAAAUACUGUAUCUGCUUCAAAAUCUAAAAUUUAGCUCAGCCUUUCCAUAACCAUUAAAGUCAUUAAAGACUUUGAAAAAGGUUAUUGUAAACUCAAGGAACUUAAAAGUUUCAGUAUUUUAGUAUUUGCUCCUUAAAUACCUUUCUUCACUUUCAGUAGUUUUAGGCUGCCUUAGAGCACACACAUUGUUCUUUUAACACACUGUGUUACUUUGUAAAUGGUGCCCCAGCUUCAUAUCAACCAUCAGCAUCCAGCUACCAUUAAUUAUAAGACACUGCAGGUGAUCAAAAGCAUCUUUCCCUAAAUGUACUGCUGGUUUUUUUGGUCCUGAACAUACUGGACCUGAGGAAACUCGGGCAGUUUGUGAAACAGUGUUAUAUUUCCAUAGCUUCCACUUUUCAUUUGUAAUGCCUUUUAAAAUUCUAGAUUUCCCCCCGCCCCCCUUUGUUAGUGCUGUUCUGGUUAGUACUAUUCACUUCGUUAAUUGCCAGUAACUCUCUUAUAUUUCUAGAACAGCAAAAAUAUGUGGCUGGUUUUUAUUGUUUUUCUGUGUAUUUCUAUCUGACUCUACAACUGCAAGAAUAAUGUUUACAUUUCCAUGCCAGCAGCAAGAAAAGCAGAUUUUCUCAUACUGCCUGAACUAGGGUUUGUAACGGUACAAAAUUGCAGAAGGAAAUAGAUUUGUAGUGCUGGGCUUGUAUUCGGGCGGGUGCAUUCCCUAGGAAGAGCAGCUGCUUGGGUUCAGGAGCAAGAUCCCUGCUUUUUGGUUGCUGCCACAGUUGCUAUGCUUUCAACUUCCCAUUAAUUGAUCUUUAAUGCUAUGUUCCACUGGUUUGGAAUUCCCUUCUGCAACUCCUUGAAAUUCUUCUCCGUCAGUAUUUUUUCACUGAUUCAUCUUCUAGUAUAUAUUCUUAAAUUCUUUUAGCUGCUACAAAAUGUUUAAAGCUUCCCAGUUCUAAGCCAAGUGCUGGGCUGUGGGAGAGAGCAGCAAGGAGAAGCAGCAAGUCUGAUAGGCAACUCCUGGAAUCAAAAGGGUGGUGUUUCACAAGGUGAAAUAUAAGACAAGACAUGGGUUUAAAGAGCAGCUUUUUACCCAUACGCCUGAAUUAGUAAAAUUAGUAGAACCUGUAAAUUAGUAUGUUUAGCUCUUUCUGUGAUCCAAAGUUUGUUGAAACAGAUCUGUUUCUAGCUGUCUUGUGCCCAAGACCAAAUUUUCAGUGAACCUGCAGCAUCCAUAAAAUCUUGUGGCUGUAGACCAAGUGUAAGGAAUAUGCCAUCUGUUUAGCUUUUGAGGAGAUUAACCUUGAUUAGCUUUAGAAAUCUAAACAUGAAAAAUAUUAGGCAUAUCUAGAUCAUUAUUAAUCUGUUAAAACUGUCCUCUAUAGAUGUGCCUUUUUUCAUUGACUGCCAUCAUUGUCAAGAUUUAAGUUAAAUUUAAUUAAGUUUAAAUUUGAUGGUUAAUUAUCUAACUGAAAAUGAAGUGAGGUGAAUCCUGCACUGAUUGGUUUCAGUAUUGGUGAGCUGGGAUAGGGUAGUUGAUGUGAGGAUCACAUUUUGUUCCUGAUGCGGGCUUUACAGUCUGUUUUGUGAACUACUCCAUUUGUAAUUCAGUUGUAGUAUGUUAAUAUGAGAAAAGAGAUUAUGGUCUAAACUGAUAAGCCAACUUGAUUACAGAGAAGUAAUAAGACAUAAAAUUACUAAUGAAGAAUAGUAAUACAGGUGAUACAAGAUGGGAAUAAUUCUACAGCUUGAAAGACUCUGAAGUAAUAACAGACUUUGUAGGAUGGCUUUGAGGAUGCUGCUGACCUAAAUUUGAAAGACUUAAAGGUAGAAUUUGGCUCUGUAACUGUAUAUAACUUUAGCUAAGCCAGUCUUCUGAUUAAAGAUAGGCUUGAAGCUCUGCAUUAAUCUUAGCCACAUAGCCUGUGACAAGGAGCUGUUGCAGUAGUGUGAUAGAGACUUCUCCCUGAUUGGUCUUGAGGCUGUUCUGUGUGAUAGUACUUUAAGUAUUUUUAUGAAGUAUGGGCCGGCUUCCGGUUUGUUUUACUGCUAAAAUUUGAAUCAUGCCAUUGCUAUCUUAAUAAUGUAAGCUAGCAGAUCUGAACAGUUAAGUUAUGCUGAUUCUUAGUAACUAUUCCAUUUUGAGCAAUAGUCAUACAAAACAACUUCCAAUUAUUCUAUCCAGUCUGAAAUUGCCUGGGGAAAGCUUACUCCUGUACUUACAAUACACCUUGAAACAUGAAGUAGUUGCUUUGCCUGUGAGACAAGACUGCUAAAUGAACAUGAAAGGGUUGUGGAACUCUUGUGAAACUCUUCCCUGCACCACACAGUGCUGUAUGCUGACCCCAUGAAUAGAGAGAUGCAUUAAUUUGUGCAAGCUUUUCCCCCCGGUCUAUCAUGCAACUAUAUAUCAUGCAACUGUAUAUUCCACCUCCAGGUCUGCUCCUUUGAGUAGAUUAAAUUUCCAUACAUAUUAUGGGUUUGAGUUUUACUAUGAAAUUAGGAUAGAAUACUGCUGGACUGUAACAAGUUACUUGAGUUUAAAUCAUUUAUAAAAUGAUCCACUUUUAUUUUGCCUUACCACAUGUUAUGACUAAUGAUGCAGUGCCUGGUGUUACUGGUGCCUUGUAUUUAUUCCC